GAAAUUUAUUUCCGUAGUAAUAUUUAUUCCAUUCUUGCAUUUCGUUUUGACGAAUGAGGCAGCGUUGGUUAAUUCCUUAAUCUUGUUGUUCAAACUGAAAAUAAAUUAGUAAAAUUAGGAAUACUGAGCACUCCGUGUAUAUUCCUUUUUUCAAUUGUAUUGUUUCAAUUACCACGAUGAAUUUUUUGCAACAACAAAACAGUGGCGAUUUCAACACAUGGAAAGGAAAUGCUGGCUUAAGCAGGAUUAAUUAUCCUCAGCCUUAUUACGCAAAACCAGAAAUGAGUUACAAUUAUGACCUUUGGUCUACAACUGAAGCUUUUGGACCAAGUCAACGAAAUUCGAUUUUAAUGAAUUGCGCCCAAAAUAAUCACCAUACAUGGGCCAAAAAUUCUGCUUUUCAGAAUCGAAUAAAUCCUUCAGGUAUUUCAAUCAACGACACCAGUCCCACCAAUAAGUCUAACUCUACUAUUCCUCUUGGCAUGAACUGUGGCCAAAUUAGUCCAUCAUACUGGAGAGCAAUUACAUCCUCAAAAUCAAUGCAUAAUGGCGCUGAAGGCAUCCAAAAGCCAGAAGCUCAUAACUGCAAUCCAGUUGUCCACUACAACAGUUAUCGACCGGCUAUGAUUCAUCAACCAAAUAGUUUCAGUCAGUUCAAAAAAAGUGUAUCCCCGCCAGGAUUGAUGCAAAGUUGCAAUUUCUGUCGUCGCAAUGGAGAACGCAAAGAAUUUUACACCAAUCAUGUUUUGAAAGACAGCACUGGCGAUGUUCAGUGCCCAAUAUUGCGACAGCAUAUCUGCGAACUAUGUGGCCAAACUGGUCCAAAAGCACAUACCCAAGCCUACUGCCCACUGUCAAAAAAUAAACCUGGCAAAAAGAAUCGACCUCUUACCAUCAAGCUCAAGGAAACUCAACGUGAUAGUUGUGGACGCGUAAGAUUCUCAUUUUAGUUAUGCGAACUGCUUGAAACAUUUUGUCCAAAAGGGGCAAAAAACAAAUGCAAUUAUCUUCUGUGUUUCUUGCAAUUAUAAACAGGGUGCGUAGCGUUUUUUAAAGGUGCUUAUUUUCCUUUUUUUUUAAAGCCCUUAAAGGUGCUUUUUUCAU